CGGGGUGGGCGGGGCAGCGCUGUGUCAGUCAGUCGAGCGGCCGAGCGCUGGCGGAAGGAUGGGGAGCGCUGACUCCAAGCUGCACUUCAGGAAGGCGGUGAUCCAACUCACCACCCGGACUCAGCCAGUUGAAGCCACUGAUGAUGCUUUCUGGGACCAAUUUUGGGCUGACACAGCCACAUCCAUCCAGGAUGUGUUCACUUUGGUGCCAGCAGCCGAGAUAAGAGCGGUCAGAGAGGAAUCGCCCUCCAACUUAGCUACCCUGUGCUACAAGGCUGUUGAAAAGUUGGUGCAAGGAGCAGAAUCAGGCUGUACAAGUGAGAAGGAGAAGCAAGUUAUGAUAAACUGCACCCAGCUGAUGACCCGCAUCUUGCCGUACAUCUUUGAGGACCCAGACUGGAGAGGCUUCUUUUGGUCGACAGUCCCUGGUGCAGGGCGUGGAGGGGCCUGUGAAGGAAAUGACGAGAAUGCUCGGCCUCUUGCUGAAUCGUUGUUGCUCGCUAUCGCUGACCUGCUUUUCUGUCCUGACUUCACUGUCCAGAGUCACAGGAAGCCUGGACCGGAGAUUGCUGAGGACCUUCACUCUAUUGACAGCUGCGAGUACAUCUGGGAGGCAGGGGUGGGCUUUGCUCAUUCACCUCCUCACAGCCACAUCCAUGACCUGAACAGGACAGAGCUGCUGAAACUGUUGUUGACGUGCUUCUCUGAGGCCGUGUACCUUCCACCCACAUCUGAGGGGAACGUUCUCAAUCCCUGGGUCCAGUUCUUCUGCUCCACAGAGAACAGGCAUGCACUACCGCUGUUUACGUCCCUGUUGAACAUUGUCUGUGCCUACGAUCCUGUAGGGUAUGGGUUCCCAUACAACCACCUACUCUUCUCUGACUAUCGGGAGCCCCUGGUUGAGGUGGCCGCCCAGGUUCUCAUUGCUACCCUGGAGUAUGAUGCCUCCACCAGCCAGAGCCCUUCAGUUGAUGGGACCACAACAAGCACAGCCAUGGAUGACACUGAGCCUCCUGGUCCUGAGAAUCUGUUUGUCAACUACCUUUCCCGAAUCCACAGAGAAGAGGAUUUUCAGUUCAUUCUGAAGGGCCUUGCUCGCUUGCUCAACAACCCGCUGCUGCAGACUUACCUGCCAAACUCCACCAAAAAGAUUCAGUUCCACCAGGAGCUGCUGGUCCUCUUCUGGAAACUCUGUGACUUCAACAAAAAAUUUUUAUUCUUUGCACUGAAGAGCAGUGAUGUCCUGGAUGUCUUGGUCCCCAUCCUGUACUACUUGAAUGAUGCCCGAGCUGACCAGUCCCGAGUGGGUUUGAUGCACAUCGGGGUCUUCAUCCUCUUGCUUCUCAGUGGAGAACGCAACUUUGGCGUCCGGCUGAACAAACCCUACUCGGUCCGUGUGCCCAUGGACAUCCCAGUCUUCACAGGGACGCAUGCCGACCUUCUGAUCGUUGUGUUUCACAAGAUCAUCACAAGCGGACACCAGCGUUUGCAGCCGCUUUUCGAUUGCCUGCUCACUAUUGUUGUUAACGUUUCUCCUUAUCUGAAGAGUUUGUCCAUGGUUGCUGCCAAUAAACUUCUGCACUUACUGGAAGCCUUCUCUACAACAUGGUUCCUGUUUUCCGCAUCCCAGAACCACCACCUGGUCUUCUUCCUUCUUGAAGUCUUUAAUAACAUCAUCCAGUACCAGUUUGAUGGGAAUUCAAACCUGGUCUAUGCCAUCAUUCGGAAGCGCAAUGUCUUCCACCAGCUCGCCAAUCUCCCGACUGACCCUACUGCCAUCCAGAAAGCUUUACAGAGGAAGAAAAAAUCAGCUGAGCCCAUCUCGCGGACGAACUCCCAGGAGGGCAUGUCCAUGGAAGGAUCGCGGCCGGCAGCUCCGGCAGAACCUGGCACACUGAAGGCCAGCCUCAUCGCAACCCCAGAUAUCGAAAAACUUACAGAGAAAUCGCAGGUGUCCGAGGAUGGAACACUGAGUCGGGUGGAUCAGGAUCAGGUUCAGACCGACACCCCUCCUGAGGACUGUGCUCCGACAGUGACCAGUGACACAGAAUCUACCAGCGGGACAUGUGGUGUUCAGGAAAAUGCGGUUGUUUGCCAAGCUGUCUGGAAGACAAUUCCGCAGAACUCGGAGAGGAGAAGGAAGCCAUCCGGCUUUUCGACAAGCAAUCACUGGUCACCAAGCCCUGACUGGGUGAUAUCAUGGAAAACAAAGCUCCCCCUACAAACAAUCAUGCGCCUGCUACAGGUUCUGGUUCCACAAGUGGAGAAGAUCUGCAUUGACAAAGGUCUGACGGAUGAAUCGGAGAUCCUAAAGUUCCUGCAACAUGGCACGCUGGUAGGAUUACUCCCAGUGCCACAUCCGAUCCUCAUUCGCAAAUACCAGGCCAACGCGGGCACGGCAAUGUGGUUCCGUACAUACAUGUGGGGUGUCAUUUACCUGAGGAAUGUCGACCCACCCAUCUGGUAUGACACAGACGUAAAGCUCUUUGAAAUUCAGCGGGUUUAAGGAACCAAAAUGGAUUUGUGCAAAUAUUUUGACCAAAUAUCUUCAUUUUAAUUCUCAAUUCACUGGCUGGUUUCUGCCUUCUUUACCUACACUAUUUGUUCCUACUUUUCAUGUUUACUGCUGAUGCUAACUGUGUGCUGGAUCAGAGUGGUGGAUCCCUGCUCCAUCAGUGAUCAAAGAUGCCACCAGCCCAAGACAGCCCUCCAGCCCGAGUUACCCCCUCUCCACGCGAACGGUAGUCCGACAGCACUGGGCAGCCCCGUGCGAGUGACCAAGCUGGAUCCUCGUCUGCCAUUGCCCUUUGCUGUUCACAGUUCUCCCUGGACAAUAGUUUUGUCACUACAGUUCAUGAAUGGCAGCAAUUCAAUGUCAAGAGUCAAUAGACAAUAGGUGCAGGAGUAGGUUAUUCGGCCCUUCGAGCCAACAUCACCAUUCAAUGUGAUCAUGGCUGAUCAUCCCCAAUCAGUACCCCGUUCCUGCCUUCUCCCCAUAUCCCCUGACUCCGCUAUAUUUAAGAGCCCUAUCUAGCUCUCUUGAAAGUAUCCAGAGAACCGGCCUCCACCACCCUCUGAGGCAGAGAAUUCCACAGACUCGCAGCUCUCUGUGAGAAAAAGCGUUUCCUCGUCUCCGUUUGAAAUGGCUUAACCCUUAUUCUUAAACUGUGGCCCCUGGUUCUGGACUACCCCAAUAUCAGGAACAUGUUUCCUGCCUCUGGCGUGUCCAAACCCUUAACAAUCUUAUAUGUUUCAAUAAGAUAUUCUCUCAUCCUUCUAAACUCCAGUGUACGAGCCAGGGUGUUUAACUGUCAUAUGUAUCGAAAUGGAACAGUUACAUUCUUACUUGCAGCAGCACAACAGGUUUGUAAACAGUACUCAAAAGGCAGCAUAAAAAAGAAAAAGUUCUAUAAAUAAAAUAAACCCAACAUCGUACAAAACAAAACAAAGGUCAAAGUCCCUUGUGCAACCAGGGCAGUUCAAAUUUUGGUUGGAGUUUGCAGUGUUCAAUAGCCUGAUGGUUAGUGGGAAGAAGCUGCACCCGAACCCGGAAGUCACAGUUUUCAAACUACUAUACCUUCUUCCCGAUGUCAGGAGUGAGAUUAGAGUGUGCUGCUGCAUUGUCCCUUGUUUCAUUUAGCCUUAUCACCACCGAAGCUCAUGUCACUAGUGGCUGACCUGAACUGUGAGAUGAAAACUCCACCAAUUCCACACCACCAGUGUUUAAGAAGGAACUGCAGAUGCUGGAAAAUUGAAGGUACACAAAAAAGCUGGAGAAACUCAUCGGGUGCAGCAGCAUCUAUGGAGCGAAGAAAAUAGGCAACGUUUCGGGCCGAAACGUUGCCUAUUUCCUUCGCUCCAUAGAUGCUGCUGCACCCGCUGAGUUUCUCCAGCUUUUUUGUGUACCACACCACCAGUGGCUUUCCUCACAUUACUGUGCCCAACCGUUGGAAGGGCACAGGCAAUGACUGGUGCAUUCCAUGGCCCUUUCUUCCCCUUUCCCCUGUGCCCCACCUGGAUUUGCACAUAUUUUUCCCUCCCCCUUGUCUUCCACCUAUAUUCCUUCCUCUAGAUUAAUAAUUUUCAACUGUUCAAUUCUUUUGUCUCACACCUUCUGUCUUUUCAUCCCUGGCCUUUGUCCAACCAUCUUCCCAUCAACCCCCCCCCCCCUCACCUGUAUCCACAUAUUACUUGUCAGGCUUUGCCCCGUCCCUCCUCUCUUCCAGCUUUCUGCCUCCCACCUCACAAUCAAUCUGAAGAAGGGUUCUGACUCAAUGUCACCUAUCCAUGUUUUCCAGUGAUGCUGCCUGGCCUGCUGAGUUACUUCAGUGAUGUAUCUUUUUUUUGUAAACCAGCAUCUGCAAUUUCUUGUUUCUGAGAGGAACACAUUGUUUGGAUGUUUGCAUAGCUCAAGUGGAUGUGGAACAGUUCCUCACAGACAGAGCCCACUCAAACCAUUGAACCUUGGCUACGUGGCCCUGUUUUUUACCUUGAAGAUAGACACAAAAUACUAACAGGCAGCAUCUCUGGACGACUUCUUCAGACUGGUCUCGACUUGAAACGUCACCCAUUCCUUCUCUCCAGAGAUGCUGCCUGUCUCGCUGAGUUACUUCAACAUUUUGUUCCUAUCUUUGGUGUAAACCAGCAUCUGCAGUUCCUUCCUAAACAUUUCACCUGCAUUUUCCCUGUUGUUUCACAGCUUUCUUCCUUUUGAAUUGUAUUAUUGUCUAUCCCUCAACAGCCUUUCAAUGUCGCAUCUUUUGCGUAAAAGUCUCCUAAUUUUCUGUUCGGUUUAUUACCAAUGAUCUCAACAUUGAUGUUACGUAUUUAACCUGUUUCUCUGUGAGUGAGAUCCAAGUGACGACACUGCCUCUUAAUUUCAAUGCUGUAUCCUGUUGUUCCAUGUGAAAUAGACAAACACUAACUACAAUGUUAACACAAAUGCUGAGACUGUUCUGAAAUGCAUUUAUUGAAACCACUGUGUUCUAUCUCUGGGCAUAUUGCAUGUUACAUUUUCAGACCAGUCCCAGCUUACUCUUUCACAAAACAUUUAGAUUAUCUAAAUGUAGUUUUCGGUAAAUUGUUGCAGGAACUGUUCCAACCAGCCAUGUGCCUGCCUAGCGUGAGCAGGAUAAUACAUGGUUGGAAGGUCCUUAGUUUCAUUACUAGUUUAUGUUGUCUGUUGGGUGUGAUCCUCAGCUAGUGAGGCGAGGAACUGGUUCUGAUUUGUGUUCAGUAAUUGGGUGCCACACUGGGUGUACAUAAUCGCUGCUGCACAGCACCUUGAGGGUCCCAGCCCCAGGAACGUGUGAUUGGGGAGAGUAGAGGGAGCUUCACUCUGUGUGUAACCCGUGCCCUGGGACUGUGUGAUGGCACAGUGCAGAGGGAACUCCACUCUGUCUAACCCAUCUGUCCCUGCCCUGGGAAGUUUGAGAACACAAACAGCUGGAGUAACUCAGCAAGUCAGGCAGCAUCUCUGGAGAAAAGGAAUCGACCCCUCUCGACCAGCUAUUCCUUUUCUCCAGAGAUGCUGCCUGACACGCUAAGUUACUCCUACUUCUUGUCUAUACCUUCGGUGUAAACCAGCAUCUGCAGUUCCUUCCUGCACACUGGGAAGUUUAAAUGCAGUCUCUGGCUGUCUAAAAUGGAAAGUGCUCCAUUCGUUGACAUUAACAUCCAUUAUGACACUAUGAUUUAAAUGAUUUUAUUAUGUUUCUACUUGGGAAUUAGUUCAUACAUUGCACAGGAACUUUAACUGUGUUGUGUGUGUCUUUGUAUUUAAAACUACUGAGUUAUCUGAGUCUGGGCCUAAUGAUGUGAUAGCACUUUAGAAAGUACUUUGUUAUUAUAAUGUCAGGGAUCUUAAAGGGGAAGGGUUCUCUACAGGUAACCACAUUGAAUUUACUUGCUUAUAGAAUUGCUUUUCUCUUUAAGGACCUAAUAUUGAUCUAUCUGUCUAUUUUUGUUUGCUGUUUACACAGUCUUAUUUAUAUUGUCUCUAAGUGGUGAUUUAUGUUCUCUUUAUGUGAAUCGUUUGCCAACUUGGUAAUGUUUAAAACAAUAAAUUCUUCUGAGUGCAUUGGAGUCAAA